CAGGCUCAGUCGUGGACGCCUCCCCUCAACCAGACUUUCAGCUACGGCACUGAUAAAAUUUUUGGGUAUUUUUUUUUUUCGAUCGUUCCUUGUACCUCCAAUGACACAUCAUUUUUUUCCAGCGUCAAUUUGGGUGGUUGGCUUAAUACGGAACCCGUGACGCACCCGCUCUUUAUCAGAAAUACCCUCAAGCUAUCGAUGAGUGGACGCUGAGCGAAGCCAUGGCCGCUGACACAUCAGCAGGCGGCGGUUUGUCGCAGCUGGAAACGCAUUACCAAACGUUCAUUACCGAACAAGAUUUUGCUGAAAUUGCUGGAGCAGGACUGAACUUCGUCCGCAUUCCCCUUCCAUACUGGGCGAUCGAGGUACGAUCAGGCGAACCGUUCCUCCCCAAGACCUCGUGGACAUAUUUCUUAAAGGCUAUCCAGUGGGCUCGUAAGUAUGGUCUUCGCAUCAACCUCGACUUCCAUGCGCUGCCUGGAAGCCAGAAUGGGUGGAAUCACUCCGGCAAGUUUGGGUCGAUUAACGUUCUUUACGGCCCGAUGGGCAUUGCAAAUGCUCAGCGGUCACUAGACUAUAUUCGGAUUAUUGCGGAGUUCAUCUCUCAGCCUGAUUACAAGGAUGUUGUUCCCAUUUUCGGUAUUACAAACGAGCCUCAAGGGACACCGAUCGGUCAGGAUGCUCUCUCUCGGUACUAUAUGCAGGCAUACAAUGACGUCCGUGAGGCUUCGGGCAUUGGGGAAGGCAAUGGUCCCUUCAUUUCCUACCAUGAUGGAUUCCUCGGUCUUCCUCAAUGGGCUGGCUUUCUUCCGAAUGCUGACCGCAUUGCUCUCGAUGAUCAUCCUUACCUUUGCUUUGACGCCCAGUCUUCUGCCCCUAUGUCAUCUUACGCUCAGACUCCAUGCACUGCCUGGGGUGGCAUGAUGAACACCUCCAUGAGCGCAUUCGGGUUUACAACUGCCGGAGAAUUCAGCAAUGCUGUUACUGACUGUGGUCUUUAUGUGAACGGUGUGGGAGUUGGAACACGUUACGAGGGUACAUACACUCCCGGAACCUGGCCUGUUGUAGGGAACUGCACGACAUGGACGGACUGGCAGAGUUGGAACUCGACCAUGAUAUCAAGCAUUGAGCAAUUUGCCUUGGCCAGCAUGGACGCUUUGCAGAACUGGUUCUUCUGGACAUGGAAAAUCGGAAACUCUUCUACUUCCGGUGUCGUUGAGGCACCGCAAUGGUCGUACCAACUCGGUCUGCAGAAUGGGUGGAUGCCCAAGGACCCUCGCGUUGCAUCAGGAAGUUGCGCAAAUCAAGGCAUAUGGAAUCCUCCUCUCCAGGCAUGGCAAACAGGCGGUGCAGGUGCAGGCCAGAUUCCUGCGACCGUUACUGCGUCGUACACCUGGCCGCCUGCUCAGAUCAGUAAUGCCGGUGCUGUCUCCUUGUUACCUUCCUAUACCCCCACGGGAACUGUAGCAACCCUUCCUCCUCCUACAUUCACAUACUCUUCUGGUUCUUCUGAUAAAACCGCCAGUGCUGGCGAUGGCUGGCAGAAUCCUUCCGACACUGCAAGUGGAAUGGUUGGCAUUGCAUCGUGUAGCUAUCUCAAUCCAUGGAUUGGGACCGCCGCACCACCUUCGCCCCUUUGCAGUAGUGGAGCCACUGCACGAGCGGUUCCUGAAUCGCUGAUCACCCCCUUCGCUCGUCAAUCAUAACGCCGCUCGUUAAUUUUGGGACAGCGCACCUUUAUCUUGACUGGACUUACUAAUAUUGGGUUUUCUUUGGCUAUAUCUGUAGGACGAUGAAUUCAUCAGUUGACUUGUUGAAUAACCCCCUUGCUACACUCAAACCGGUCUUUCUACUUAUAUCGUACCCUCCCUUCCUUGGACAAUAUUGCUAUCUUUUACUGGUACAUAGGCACUUGUUGGACCAUUAUUUUUUCUGCAGGUAUACAUAGGGCAUAC